AUGCUUGCCGACUACUUCCAGAGACGUGAAAAACUUAUCGCAGAGGAUCGCGCAUUGCGUAUAGACCAUGUUCGUGCCAACUAUUCAGCGGCCGAGCUCAAGGCAGACAAAGUAGUGCGCUCCAUCCGUGCUAAAGAAGCUAUGUCUGUCUGGGGAGCUGAUCACGAGAACAUCCCUCACCCAUAUCCCGGGAUGGAGUUUCUGCAUGCCAAAGAAAUUAUUGUAAAGACAGAUCUCUACAGUAAAAUAGUCUCCAAAAUGCCAAAGGGCGCGCUGUUGCAUGUGCACCAGAACGCUUCAGUGGAGGCCAGAAUGGUGCUUGACCUGGCACUAGGUCAUCCUGCGAUACAUAUCUGUGUUCCGGGUCCGCUAGACGCGGCUUGCCUCAAAACUGUAUUGCCCAAGAUCCAGCCGAUUCCUGUAGAACAGUAUCCUGCCGUCAAUGCAGUUGGUAUCACAGAUCUUUCAUAUACUGGUGGCUGGGUUCCUAUCAAGAGGGCGCGAGAGCUCUUCGAUCCUGCACUAGGCGGCCCUGCCGGAUUUGAUACGUGGGUACUUAGCGCCUUUGUGAUCAAUCCAAGUGAUGCGUUUAAGACGUACAACACGCCGAUGAAAAUCUGGCUGAAAUUUGGAAGUACAUUUGGAGUGACCGAUCCCAUCAUCCGAUUCGUGCCGAUUCAAAAGGAAUACUUGCGGAUGUGCAUCCGCUCAUCGAUAGACGAUGGCAUCUCUUAUAUUGAGAUACGGACUAGUUUCUUUAGAAAAUACAUACUUGCAGAGGACGCGAAGACCAAACUUGAUCUGCGCGAACUACUCUUAAUAUUUCGAGAGGUCACGGACGAAAUGAAAGCGGAAAUGAAGGCGAAAGGCCGGGAAGACGAUUUCGUCGGGUUGAAGAUUAUCUAUAAUACCCUGAGAAUUAUCUCCCCCGAGGAAUUGGAAGCAGAGCUAGAUCAGUGCAGCAGAUUCAAAGAGGAAUUUCCGGAUCUUAUUGCUGGCAAGUUCCGCUUUGAUCUCGUGGGCCACGAAGAUGGAGCGGAGUGUAAACCACUAAUCUAUUACGCAGAACCGCUUCUGCGUUUCGCCGAGCAGCAUCCGGAUAUCCCAUUCAUCUUUCAUGCCGGUGAAACACUAGGCGAUGGCACUGAAGCGGAUAUGAAUCUGUAUGAUGCUAUCCUGCUUGGAACAAAGCGUAUCGGACACGGCUUCUCACUGGCCAAGCAUCCCAAAUUGAUGCAAAUUUGUCGAGAGAAGAAAAUAGCAAUUGAAGUCUGUCCUAUAUCAAAUGAAGUACUACGUCUUACCUCAUCGAUGCCUAUGCACCCCCUCCCGAUAAUCAUGAACCAAGGCAUUCCGGUGGUACUGUCUUCCGAUGAUCCUGCAAUGUUCAAUAGCAUGGGGUUAUCCUUUGAUUUCUUCCAGGUGCUAGUAGCAAGUGAAGUUACAGGACUCCUUACUCUCAGCCAAAUGGCCCGUGACAGUAUUACUUAUUCCUUGCUCGAUGAGGGGAGCAAGCGCAAGGCUAUGGAUGCGUGGGAAAGAAAGUGGACUAAAUUCGUUGAAGAGGUUGCAGCGAUGGAUCCGUGA